UUAACAAAUUUUAGAUAACAAUUUGAAAGAAAAUAUAUCAUUUAUAAGAUAUCCUUUUGAAACCAAAUAAAAGAGUGCUAAUGCAUAAAGAUUUUGAAAUUGACAUCGAUUUAACUCUUAUGUAUGAAUCACUGAACUUACCUUUUCAAAGAGACUCCUGAAGAAAAUCCUCUCAUUCUCAGUCAAAUUUGCUGAGUUCAAAGCAGCUGAACUAUCAGUACUCAAACCAUAAUCAGAGCCGAAAAUUGUCACUACACCAUCAUCAUUAUUAUUUGAACUUGCCAUGGUAUCUACUUUAAUUUACUACAAAUUUACUGUAAUUUACAAGGAGUAAUAAUUAUUGUCGUCCAAGCUAGUUCGACCGCGUGUAGAACAUUACUAAUUCUCGUUAACAAAAAAUUAUGUCUUGCAACAUAAAUCUCCAAUGGGUUAUUGGUUCCUAUAUACUAUCGUCGAACGGUACCUGUUUGUGAAUAACCAAUUAAGUACGAUUUAUUAUGCGCGAGAAUUAAUAAUAGAUCAGUGAAUACAUUUAAAUAAUAUUUGGGCGAAACUUUUGAAGAUGCAGACAAAAUAGGUGUAGGUCAUUGUUAAAUAAUAUGGUUUAAUUGGGACAAUUUAGGUCGAAAAUAUGGAAUCCAGAAAUAAACUCAGAAGUCACUAUGACAACAUUUUUGAGAAGUAUAGUAAUGACGAAAUCAUGGUACAUGAAUUGGCAAAGAUGUUGCGUACAAAUAAAGAUAUUUCAGAAAUACUUGUACAAAAACUUAUAAAGGCUAAUAGUGACAAUAAAAUCAACAUGAAACAGUUUAGCGAUAUUAUGCUUGCGGGUCACUAUAAAGCUUUUUUCGGACGAUAUGUGAAUAGUUAUGUAAACUUAUUGGUGCCACGAGAUAAACGACACCAUUUCAAACCAGUUGGUAGAACCAUCCGACCCAUAACAGAACUAGAUGCAGCAACUGAUGGUUCUUACGAAGACGGUUUCACUUGCUGUCCUCCGCCACUUUGCAUGGUUACUGUUUCAAUAUUGGAAAUCAUUUGCUACGUUUUAAAUGAGUAUUUGGACGGAGCCGAUCCAAAUUCUCCAGGCACUGGUCCAACAGCUCAACAUCUCAUUUUUGAUCCUCAAAAGAGGCAACAAUGUUGGAGGUUUUUGACUUAUAUGUUUGUCCAUAUAGGAUCGGUGCACAUUAUCACAAAUUUGAUCAUCCAAAUAUUCCUAGGGUUAGCUUUGGAGCUUAGGAACAGUUGGUGGAGGGUGCUUACAGUGUAUACUGCUGGAGUAGUUGCGGGUUCUUUAGUAACGUCUAUAGUGGAUCCCAGGGUUUACUUAGCUGGAGCUAGUGGAGGUGUUUACGCUAUUAUUACGUCUCAUCUUUCAAAUGUUAUAAUGAAUUGGAGUGAAAUGUCUUUCCCCGCAGUACAAUUCUUCGUUAUACUACUAUUAAUCUCUGCAGAUGUAGCAACUUCGAUCCAUAACCGGUACUUUUUAGGAAACCAAACCCCUAUCGGUUAUGCAGCGCAUUUUGGAGGAGCCUUGGCCGGAUUUCUUGUGGGCAUUUGGGUGCUGAAAAAUGUGGAGCCAACUGAAAAGGAAAAGUACCUUUGGUGGGCCGCAAUGGUUCUUUAUAUUCUACUUAUGGGCAGUGCCAUAAUGUUAAACAUAUUUUGGAAGCAGCAUUUUUUACCGACUGUUUGGAAUCGAUCGUCUGCAAACAGGAGGAACUCCAAAGACUGAAAGGAGGGUGCAACAUCAUUAAUGAAGCUAUUAAAAAGAAGUGGUACAAGAUGGCACAGAAAUUUUGUUAAACAAGAAAUUGUUAAUUUUUACAAUUUGAAUCCUAUUCACAAGGUAGCCGGCCAGCCAACAGAGUAAGGGUUCAUUUAAACUCAUCCUUUUAAGUUUGGCUAUCAGUACAUUAUGUGGAACCUUAUCCUUGAAGAAAUCUGUGUAGAC